AUGGAAACAUAUAAUCUUGAAAAAGAGAUACGUUGCAUCUUACAAGACUCAUCCAAGAUACGAGAUUAUAAUGCUAAGUUGCGGAACGAAUAUAUGAAGAUCAAUGAUAAGGCCAGACGGUUGAAGGUUAAAAAUUCUAAACUUUUUUCCCAAUAUGCUUGCACAGAGACAUCUCUUGCCAAAUAUAAAACUGAAUAUUAUGCAAAAUCAGAAGAAGUGAAAUCGCUUCAAUCUGUGAUUAAUUCAUUUCCCCCAGGAUAUUUUGAUAAGAAUAAUCAGCCGAAUGAGAGCUCUAGCGCUUCUUCAGAACAAAUCAUACCUGUUACUAUUUGCAAAGAAAAGAUUUCAUUAGGUGGCUCGGGGAACUCUAUUGAUAUAGACAAAUUACUAUCAUCG